GUCAGUUUACAUUAUGCUCUCCAAAAGCCAGAGCAGAGAAACAUUACUGCUAGGGACAGACGAGGAGAGAGACACAGAGAGAUACCGUAGAAGCUGUGUACAGCUGCUCGCUUUCGUCAGAAUGAGGGAAAUUAUCGAGUUUUUGUUUCUAGGUACAGGACCAAUGACGACAGACCUGACACUUCUGACUCGAUAAAAAAAUGAACCCAGACUUCCUGGACUCAUCCAUCCAGAGCGCUCUCUCUGCUCUCUAUCCUCCAUUUGAGGCUACAGCUCCCUGCAUUCUCAGCCAACUAUUGCAUGUCAUUGAGGGUCAUUACGGCAGCGAUUCCUUUCAGUGCCUAAUUGACUUCCUGAUCCCAGCCAGGCGACUCCUUGAGAGGGUGCGCCAGGCAGCUUGUGUGCCAUAUUCAGACUUACUGUUCCAUUUUUCAGGCUGGCUGCUGUGCCUGUAUGACCACAUUGUAAUCCAUCUCGCACCUAUCAACCCACUGCUGCUUUCGUUUGAAGACUUUUAUCUACAGGUGGUGCCAUUUAAGAAGCAAGCGGCCUGUAUCGUGAUUCGGUGCCUUUUGGAAGAGGAACAGCAUGUUUUGGAGGAAACUCCAAUACCAGAGAACUCAUUUAGCUGUAUCUUCACCCAGAACUGGCUAAAAGAACUCAACUUAGGCAGACAUGGAAGACCGCUCAGUCACUGUGUUCUGGCUACUGAGCAUUGCCUAGUGAAAGUGCCUUGGGAUCAGGUGGCCUACCCAGAGUUUGAGGGCCAGCCACAGCACAUGGAUUCUUCUGGUACUUCCAAUCAACAGGAGCCUUUGAAAGGACCUUCCUGGCAGGGUUAUUCACUUGAAACUAGGAUCUGUCCUGCUAAGGAUGGUAUUGCAGUGUCUUUGUGCUUGGUAGACAGCUCGAGACAGAGUGAGCUGAAUGCCAUGCCUGGGAUGAGGCCACUUGGCUGGGUGUCUCCUAAUACUUGGGACAGUCGCAGUAAAGAGUCUUUUGUGGAUGAGAAUGUAAACAAUGUGGACCUUAUCAAGGAAAAGAGUAAUUUAGGAGACUCUCAGACACAUGCUCAACUUAGAACUUGUUUGCUAAAGCCACACAGGGUCACAUCUCCUGUUGGCCAUGAUCAUGCAACCCAUGAUCGUCCCACCUGUGGACGUACUGUAAGGUUUGCAGAGCAGCCUUGCACUCCUUGCCUGAGAAGGAAGCAUGGACAGGGGACCAAGAACCAAGAAUGCCGAUACAAGGAGUAUUGCAGGGAAGAACAAUGUACUGUUAGAAUUGAUAACAGGCAAAAUGAACCAAUUCUCUCUGAGAGAACAGUGAAGACAGACCAUCUCCAGAGACCAGUUUGGAACCAACUUCCACAGAUUCAAACUAUUAAUAAUAACCCCAAUGAAAAUCAUAAAAAAGUUCCUGAUAAUUCUCAGGGUAGCUUCCCAGACAUGACAGAUUUGAGCAAAGGAAUCAUCACCUGUUCCACCCCAACUGUGGCUGAAACAGAAUCAGAGAAAAGUCACAUUGUUGUCCAAGGAUAUUCCAGUGAGGGAAAAACGGACAGCAAAACAGAAAUUAUCCCAAGGUUACAUGUAGCUCAGGGAAAAAAGACCACUACUUUUGGACUUGUUUCGCCAAAGUUAAACAGACGAAAGCCACCAAUGCAAGAAGCAGCUCAGGACCAUAAAAAUCUUCCACAUCUUGCUAAGGGACCUUGCACAAAAAAAUCCGCAUCCUCAUUACAUUAUUCUGAUAUAAAAAAGCCUGAAAAGAGAUCGCCUUUCCCAGCUCCAUCGAAACCAGAGACCUGCCUCCUGCAAGCAGGACUUUCUUGCCUUACAGGUGGAAGAGAUCGCUCAAACAGAGUAGUAGUGGAGGUUUAUGGUGAUCACCGACACUGGGGGUCUCCUUUGUUGUCCAGCUUGGUGCUCUCUAAACUUCUGCUUUAUUUCCACACCAUCAUUAGGAAGGAGGAUAGAGAGUUUGGAAUGACCAUUGUGUACGACAGUCGUAAGAUACUGCCACACCUAGAAUUCUUUGAAGCUCUGCAGAUGGUGCAGGAGCAGGAUCCAAAAGCAAUCCACUGUGUGCUACUGUUGAUCAGUAAGGAGGAAAGUUAUAGCCCCAAGGAAUACCCUGGAGACAUGGUCUGGGGCUUUUGCACUGUUGUUGUGACAUCACUCAAAAGCCUUCACAGAUAUAUAGAGUACAGUCAGCUGAGCCCAGCCCUGGAAGGCACUUUUCUUUACAGUCACAGAAACUGGCUGCACCUUCAUCAAGAACUGUAUCCAUUUGUCUUUGCCCUGAAGGAAGCGACAAAUUUGCUUCUAGAAGCCAUAAAAGAGUUAGAAGGGCUCCAUAAAGUAGACACUGCUCAGAAUGUACAGCAGUGCAUUCAUGACCAAAGGGUUCUAAUUAACGAUGUGCUUGAAGACACCCAGUUGGUUACCUUACAAAGGGAAGGCGGCGCAUUGUUGGCCAGGUUGAGAUGGGAGAGUGAUGUAAGAGCAGCACACUAUGAGACCAACUGUAAUGUCAUGGAUACUGUGGAUUCCCUUUACAAUGAGGUAGAGGAACAUGUCCAUGUGCUGUUGAGAAGGUCCAACGUAUCAUUUCAACACCUUGGUUUCUUGCUACAGCUCAGGAAGAUGGAAUCAAGGUUUAUGGAGAUAAAGGAGUGGUUUGAUGUGGAGGGAGAGAGACUAAUACUGGAGACUGAAUCUGCAGAGGAACCAAACAAGAGCUUUGAAGAAUUUCUCCAAUGCUUAACCACUGUCUUCUCUGAAAUUAACGAACAUAAGCUUCAGGCAAUUAUGUUACUAAAUGAAGCAGAAAGCAUCCAGGAACCAAACGAUCCUGAGACAGAUGUGUUCCACAUAAUGGCAUCCACAUUUAAAUCCGACUUGUCUGAAUUUCUGUCCCAAGCAGAGCAGUACUGUGAUGAGCUGAACACUCUGCUCAAUUUGUGCCACUUCUGUGAGAGGGCAACUGAGGUGGCCAUAGACUGUUCUCAUCAUUUGGAACAAGAGAGACUGCAGUGCAUGAAUCAUCAAGAGAAAUGGGCUGUUCUUCAGGGAUGCCAUGAGAAGCUUAGCCAGUUUUCACCUGAACAUUUCCAAGAGGCAAAGACCCAGGCCUGCUCUCUGCAGAACACAUGGGGGAGGAAGCUGUGGAACAUGACUUGGUUAAGGUGUCAGGAGGUCAGUCGGCAACUGGAGGACACUUUACAGGAGUUGGAGCAAGACCAACAGCCAUCAGUAUCUGUAUGUUCACAGUAUGAAUGGUAUGGUAAUGCAGGAAAUGAGAGCACUGAUGGAGGGCCAAUGCUUCCACAACCUGAUACACAUCAGAACCCACUUGAAUGCUCAGAAGUCCGGCAGAGCCGAGACAGUAUCCACAGCACAGUGAACUGCUUCAACAUCAAUUUCAGGCAAUCCCGUAAAGGACGUAAAGGGUCCAAAAUGGCUCCAGUGGCAGAUCCUGACAAGAAGUCACCCAGCCAAACAACCCAUGAUGACAGGCAGACAACAGUUGCAGGUUCAGACACAGCUAGUUGCCAGUGGUUACACUGGCACAACAACUCAACCAAAUACACUAAGGAAGACUCUUAUCCAGCCUCCAGUUCCUCUAAGAUUGAGAUCCUACCAUUUACCUUCACAGAAUCUAAGAGCUCACCACCUAUCUGCUUCAGUACCCAAAUCUCAGGACCUGCCUGCUCUGGAAUUCAGACCUCAGUGCUGCAAAACCCAGUACCACUUUCUGGUAGCUUCUGUUUGGAAACUUUGGGCUGUGAGGCAACGCACCCUGAAAAUACCUCCCACACUGAAGAGACUGCCAGCUGGGGGAAUGAAGCAGCAAAUACCCUGUCAAGUCCUGGCAUGGAAAACAACACUAUGAAGCUGCAGUGUAUUAUGGAGGAAUUGUUAUUGACCGAGCUGGAGUAUGUAAGAUCUCUGGGUUACAUCCUGACUCAUUACCUCCCCCUGCUGGCCAGGCCAGAUGUGCCUCCAGACCUGAGAGGUCAGCGUGGAAGGAUCUUUGGAAACCUAGAGAAACUACAUGAUUUCCACUGCCAUUGUUUCCUGCAGGAGCUUGAGGCUUGCCGGACAGAACCACUUCGGGUGGGCCGCUGUUUCCUCAAACAUAGAGAGAAUUUUGGGCUGUACGCUCUCUACAGCAAAAACAAGCCUCAGUCAGAUGCUCUGAUCCAACAGCAUAAGUUCUUCAAGUGUAAACAGAUGGAGCUGGGAGACAGCAUGGAUCUAUCCUCCUACCUGCUGAAGCCAGUGCAGAGGAUCAGUAAGUACAGUCUACUGCUUCAGGAGAUGCUGGAUGAAUGUGGAGCAGCACAUGACGCAGACUGUCUGGAGAUCCAAGGUGCUGCCGAGGUGGUCCAAUUCCAGCUACGCCAUGGAAAUGAUCUGCUCACCAUGGAUGCCAUCCAGAACUGUGAUGUGAACUUGCAGGAACAAGGCCAGUUAAUUCGGCAAGAUGAGCUCUAUGUGACAUUUCGCAAGAAGCGUGCUUUGCGGCGAGUGUUUCUCUUCCAGGACCUUCUUCUGUUCACCAAGACAAAGAAAACACAGCGUGGAGAUGAUGUGUACGUCUACAAACAGUCUUUCAAGACAUGUGACAUUGGACUAACCCAGAACCGUGGACAGAGUGGCUUGUGCUUUGAGAUCUGGUUCAGAAGAAGAAGAACCCAGGACACAUAUACGCUUCAGGCAGAGAGACAGGACGUAAAAGAGGCCUGGACUGCAGACCUGCAGCACAUUCUGUGGGACCAGGCACUGAAAAACAGAGAGUUGCGGAGACAGGAGCAGGUGUUCAUGGGAUUAGGUAGUAAACCUUUCUUGAAAAUUCAACCCAGUGAAACAGCUGUCCAUGACAGAACCAUCAACUGCUUCCUGCAAGAAGGAGAGAUUGAAGGAUUACAAUCGCCAAAUCUCACAACAUCCAGACUCCAGAGUGACACAACGGGGCCACGGCCAGAGUCAAUUAGCUCAGCUUCAGGCAGCCAUUCAUCCUCCACCUCUGGCCGAGGCUCUUUAUCCCCUUGCGGUUUCCAUGAAAACCAGGCGCAAGAAAAUGGCCAUGGAACUCAGAUACCUCGGAUCAGCCAUCAGAACAAUAGCCAUGUGAGCAUAGAGUCUCCGGAUCGAUACGGAUCACGCGUGUGUGGUUCCUCAGGUUCCUGCAGUGCUACAGGAGGGAGGCUUUAUGAUGCCUGCUGGUACCCAGCUGCAGCACACGUCACCUGCUCAAUCCAGGAGAAAAGGCCUCAGUAGCACCGUACACAAAAUACAUGAUUCAUAUUUUGCAGGAGGUUAGAAAACCAAUUUGCUCGUUGCUUAACGAUGCUGAUAUUUUUUGUGAAAUAUGUACAUUCAUGUUUGUCUUUUGAUAUUUUUUCAAGAAACGAAAUUCCGUACAACUUACAGCGAGGCCUGUUUCAGUAACUCACUUGUUGACUAGGAACCAAAAACCACUAAAUCUUUCUAAAUAAAUAUUUUACUUAUGCCUAUUCGUUUAUUUCGGCACCAAAAUUACAUUUAGUCCCUUGGACACAACCUCGGUUGUAUGAACUAUAAAAACUAAUUGUUGGUGUUUAAACAAAGCAUAUCAUCAACUUCAGAAUAAUUGGCAUCUUUUAUUAAAAUAUAUAUUAUACAAAAGAAUACACACCGCACACACAAUCAAAUCAAACAGGAGAGAUGAGUUACAGUUCCCUUUUUUAAAAUGAUCAUUUUGCAAAAAUCUCUUAACAUCCCACUAAAGCACAGCUCUAUGGAUCGAUCCCUGAAAUCUCAUUUACCUUAUGUGAGCGUAGAAUGCGUUGUGCUGGACACUGCUGGUGAGCAAAACAAGAGCUUGCAAGUGACCUCUUGCUAUGGAUUCCCUGUCACGGCCAAAACCGAGCUGGUAGACUAGCCACCACGUACAUUGACCAACUACAGUUAGGUCCAUAUAUAUUUGGACACUGACACAAAUUUUGUUUUUUUACCUGUUUACUGAAACAUAUUCAAGUUAUAGUUAUAUAAUGGACAUAAAGUCCAGACUUUCAGCUUUCAUUUGAGGGUAUCCACAUUAAAAUUGGAUGAAGGGUUUAGGAGUUUCAGCUCCUUAACAUGUGCCACCCUGUUUUUAAAGGGACCAAAAGUAAUUGGACAAUUGACUCAAAGGCUAUUUCAUGGGCAGGUGUGGGCAAUUCCUUCAUUAUGUCAUUCUUAAUUAAGCAGAUAAAAGGCCUGGAGUUGAUUUGAGGUGUGGUGCUUGCAUUUGGAAGAUUUUGCUGUGAAGAAAACAUGCAGUCAAAGGAGUUCUCUAUGCAGGUGAAACAAGCCAUCCUUAAGCUGCGAAAACAGAAAAAAACCAUCCGAGAAAUUGCUACAAUAUUAGGAGUGGCAAAAUCUACAGUUUGGUACAUUCUGAGAAAGAAAGAAAGAAAGAAAGAAAGAAAGAAAGAAAGAAAGAAAGAAAGAAAGAAAGAAAGAAAGCACUGGUGAACUCAUCAAUGCAAAAAGACCUGGACACUCACAGAAGACAACAGUGGUGGAUGAUCGCAGAAUAAUUUCCAUGGUGAAGAGAAACCCCUUCACAACAGCCAACCAAGUGAACAACACUCUCCAGGAGGUAGGCGUAUCAAUAUCCAAAUCUACCAUAAAGAGAAGACUGCAUGAAAGUAAAUACAGAGGGUUCACUGCACGGUGCAAGCCACUCAUAAGCCUCAAGAAUAAAAAGGCUAGAUUGGACUUUGCUAAAAAACAUCUAAAAAAGCUAGCACAGUUCUGGAAGAACAUUCUUUGGACAGAUGAAACCAAGAUCAACCUCUACCAGAAUGACGGAAAGAAAAAAGUAUGGCGAAGGCGUGGUACAACUCAUGAUCCAAAGCAUACCACAUCAUUUGUAAAACAUGGCAGAGGCAGUGUGAUGGCUUGGGCAUGCAUGGCUGCCAGUGGCACUGGGUCACUAGUGUUUAUUGAUGAUGUGACACAGGACAGAAGCAGCCGGAUGAAUUCUGAGGUAUUCAGAGACAUACUGUGUGCUCAAAUCCAGCCAAACUGAUUGGUCGGCGUUUCAUAAUACAGAUGGACAAUGACCCAAAACAUAAAGCCAAAGCAACCCAGGAGUUUAUUAAAGCAAAGAAGUGGAAUAUUCUUGAAUGGCCAAGUCAGUCACCUGAUCUCAACCCAAUUGAGCAUGCAUUUCACUUGUUAAAGACUAAACUUCAGACAGAAAGGCCCACAAACAAACAGCAACUGAAAACCACUGCAGUAAAGGCCUGGCAGAGCAUUAAAAAGGAGGAAACACAGCGUCUGGUGAUGUCCAUGAGUUCAAGACUUCAGGCAGUCACUGCCAACAAAGGGUUUUCAACCAAGUAUUAGAAAUGAACAUUUUAUUUACAAUUAUUUAAUUUGUCCAAUUACUUUUGAACCCCUGAAAUGAAGGGAUUGUGUUUAAAAAAUGCUUUAGUUCCUCACAUUUUUAUGCAAUCAUUUUGUUCAACCCACUGAAUUAAAGCUGAAAGUCUGAACUUCAACUGCAUCUGAAUUGUUUUGUUCAAAAUUCAUUGUGGUAAUGUACAGAACCAAAAUUAGAAAAAUGUUGCCUCUGUCCAAAUAUUUAUGGACCUAACUGUAUGUAGAGACACUGGUUGCCUACCUGAAGAUCUGCCGAUCUUGAUGCAAGAUCAUAAUGGAUGGCGUGAUAGGAUGCUUGUCUGAGCUAGCUCGACUAGAUGAUGAUAAUGAUGAUAAUGAUUUUAAAAAAGCUUAUUUUGCAAAAAUCUUGGCACCCAUAAGGUAAAUGUAUAAUGUCAAGCUUGAAAAAAACUAUUUCUAAUUUGCUUUCAGUUCCUUGGAAGACUGUUGUUGCCUUAGAGUCCAUCCUGUUUCCAUGGAGAAUUAUGUUUUUGUGUGCAUGUAUAAAGAAAAGCAAAAAAUCUUUCAAAAAAGUUGCCGGCCUGCACACAUCAAGUAACUGAUCAUUCCAGAGAAGUGUGUGCAGGGUUACUGAAGCUUAUACAUGAAAUUAAUCUGAACAGUUUCACACAACAAAAGCAUUCAUUAAAGCACAGUCCAUGUUCAAAUAUCAUAUUUAAUGCUGGAAAAGGUGUUCACUGACUGAAUACUGUAUGAAUAAACGAUAUGAGUAUGAAUGGAGGAAUUGGUUGGAGGGGUUUUAUAAAUGCUAUACAUUUUUGCAUGGAGGAAUUUUCCAAACACAGCUUUUAUGUCAGAGUAACAGUUAUUGUACAAUGCAGCAACUAAUUUUGAAACUCUUUCUGUUUUUUUUAUUCAACAAAUACUGUACAUUGCUCUUGUAAAGCAUUUUUCUGCAUAUGUAUAAUUUAAUAAAUCAUGUUUAUUUCCAAUACUCAGAGGAAGCCAAAUGUUUCUUUGUAAAAAAAUAA